UGGAGCCACUGUCAAGUGUAACAUUGGAUAUGAUUGGUCCUAAAACAACCAAUGAUUUCACACAAAGUACGCUCAGCACUUGAUUGGACACUUUCUCAUCCGUGACGUUUUCAUCAGCAACAACCAAAAAAAAAAAUAUUCCUUAAUGGUGUGCAUAUUUUUUCUUUCUUUUUUUUUUCCAUUCCAAUUGAUCUAAAAAAACAUCAUCUAUUAAACACUAUAACCCUUUCUUUAAAAACACAUUGAAUAAAUUCUAAACUGGAUGCGAAUGUUAAAAGGCGAAUCAAACGCAUUGAACUUUGAGCAAUUGAUGGCGCAAGCUACGCAAGUAGCAAAACAACAAGAUGCAUCAUUGCACGAAAGAGCUCGUCAGAAACGACGUGAGGACGAUGAAAGAAGACGUCGAGAGGAAAAGGCCGCUAGAGAAAGAGAGGACGCUCAAGCCUUGCUCGAUCGAAAGCGUGAAUUACAAGAAAAGAAACAAAAACUCGAUCAAUCCAGUCGAAAGGCUAUCGAUAAAAGGCGUCACCCUACAGACCCUAAACCACGUACCACUCACCCUAGCCAUACCAAGUCGACUGUAACUCAACGCAAGUCAACCAACCUGGCCAGUUUCUUUCCAGAGAAAAAGAAACCUGUUCACAUGUCGUUUGAUGAACUAAUGAAAAAGGCAAAAGAACAAUCGUUAAGUAAAGGAGGAAAACAAGAACCUAAAGCACCCGUACCACCUAAAAAAUAUGCCGCUCACGACUCAAAACCCAAUGAUAAUACCCCUACUUUAUAUCAUCGAUUAAAACGACCUGAACUCGCCAAACCCACUAUCACAUCAACAACAGACAUGUCUGCUAGGGAACGUGGAAAAUUACUUAUUGCUGAACCUCCCAAAAAGCUCAACUUACAAAAGAGGGAUCGUCGAACUAUUGCCGAUGUUCAACGAGAGAUUCGUCAUAACAAGGGCAUUUAUUCAGAUGACGAGGAUCGUCCCAGAAGUAGUCAUUCCGUCGACCCUAGAUUAAUGAACAAAAAUAACAACAACAACAACAACAAUAAUAAUAAUAAUAAUAGACCAUCACAACAUAGUAACAGAAAAAGACCUUUGUCUCCGCCACCACCCUCCUCCUCCUCGAAUCGUGCUUUCAAUAAGAAACCUUUACCCACCCACAACACGAUCGAUCGAAGACCGCCUAAUCAUCCUUCCUCGGGUGGGGUACGUCGUAUGCCGUUCUCGGGUAAACCUUUGGAUUCUGCUUCACGUAGACCUUUACCUCCACCCAGAAGAAGACAUCGUGAUGAGGAUGAAGAAUUGGAUGAAGAAUUAGCUUCUUUUAUUGUAGAUGAUGAGGAUGAAUACGAUGAUCCUCGUUAUGCUAGGGAACCUCGUAGGAAUAGUUAUUCGGAUGAAAUUAGUAAAAUAUUCAGAUACGAUAAAAGCAGAUAUGCUAAUGAUCCUGUUUAUUCGGAUGAUGAUAUGGAGGCAGGUGCAAGUGAUGUAUUACGUGAAGAAAAACGAAGUGAACGUCUUGGUAGACGUGAAGAUUUACUUGAGGAACAACGAGAAUUGGAAAGGUUAAAAAAGAGAAAGAAGGCCUAAAAAAAAAAAAUAACAACCAUGCCAACAUGGGGGAGGUUUUUUUUUUUUAAAGCGUGUAAAUAAAAAAAAGAAAAGAAAAAAAAAUCCUCACUCCCCCCACUUUGUAUUAAACUUUUUUUUUUUUCAUUGUUUCAUUUUGUACAACAUC